AUGGCUCAACCUAACCUCAUUGAGGCUCUCAAAAACUUGGUGGACACUAUUGCUGUCUCAUAUGCUGAUCUGUUGGGAGAGCAGCUCACUGAUAAUCAUCGUCAAAGGUGUUCACGAGUGUGCAACGAUACCAUUGAGUACUUCAACACAAUAUUACUGGAUCCUGAGACAACAAUUCAAGUGAGACGAAGUGUUCAAGCACACAUCAACCAACUCAACUGGUUAGCCGAUCAGUUCUCCAGACUCGGUAACCAAGUAGUUGGUGGAGAUCUCAACCAAGGAGUCAAAUGGCAGGACUUGGAGAAUGCUUUUGCUGGUAACAUCCAGACUGGAUGUGUCAUCAACCAGCGUCACAAAGAUCCAGCAUCAUUUCUCCAGGCCUCACGGAACAUCAUCAUCAACAAGGUGCAGAGCGUCUUGAGAGAUCUGGCAGGGUUGAAAGUGAAUGUGGAAUUCUUCUGCACAUUCCGGAAACAUCAGCAAGACAUGGAAGAACGAAAAUCUUUCAUCACCAAAAGCCGUGAGAUUCUCCCUGCUACAUCUCUCCAGGAUUGGUACACUGAGCAUGUGUAUGAGAAACUGAAGCAACGAAUUGAAGAUUUUGAACAUGAGGGUUCUGGAUGGAGUCUGCUUGGACCGAACAGCUUGAUGGUGACCAUGUCACGAUUCACACCAACUCAAGUUGGAAACUCCACCUUUGUCAGAUUACCGCAGGAUAUUAUCAGGAAGCAUGCGGUUACGAACAUCGAGAACAAUGAUGAGUUCUGCUUCCUGUGGUGUGUCAACGCCGCCUUGUAUCCACCAGUAUUGUUUCCAGCUGACCCUACAAGUUAUCGUCACUUCAGUGUCAGAUUAAAUUAUGAAGGUAUUCAAUUUCCAAUCAAACUUACUGAUGUACCAAAAUUUGAAAAAAUGAAUGAUCUUAGCAUUAACGUAUAUGGUAUAGAGUCAGAAUUCACGGGUAAAAAGUCUGAAAAAAGUACUAUUAUCCCAUUAUAUUUAAGCAACUUCGAGUCAGAAAUUCCGACAAUACAUUUAUUAAUGAUUAAAAAAAGUGUAAAUUAUACCGAUAAUUUAGAUAAUAUUGAGUCUGUCUAUCACUUUGCAUGGAUACAUAAUCUUUCUGGAUUAAUUACAAGUCAAAUAUCUCUAGGUAGACAUAGAUUGUACUUUUGUGAUCGGUGUUUGAAUCAUUUCAAAUUAGAAAAAUGUUAUUUAGAGCAUCGGGUAGAUUGUUUUAAAUCUAACAAAGUCCGUAUGGAAUUUCCUAGUGAAAAAAAUAAGAUUUUGAAAUUUAAAGACUUUAAAUCCAAAGAUACUGUGCCGUUUGUAGUUUACGCGGAUCUAGAAUGCACACUUGAACCCCCAGGAGAUGAUGAAAAGGCAGUUCAUAAACAUGUUCCCCACAGUAUUGCUUACUAUGUACAUUGCAGCUAUGAUAAUACACUCUCCAGAUUUGAAUUAAACCGUUCCCCUGAUUGCAUCAACUGGUUUGUUAAACAAUUAGAGUCAUUAGCUCUGAACUUUGAAAAAAUUCUAAAGAACCCUAUUAAAAUGAAACCCUUAACGAAAGAGCAACAAGAUAGACACAACCAGGCAACUGUGUGUCAUAUUUGCGAGAAACCAAUCACUUCUACGACAGAUAAAGUCUAUGAUCAUUGUCACUUUACCGGUAACUACAGAGAUGCUGCUCAUAAAUCAUGCAAUGUUAAUUAUCAGAAAUCUACAAUUAUCCCAGUUGUCUUUCAUAAUUUAUCCGGCUAUGACUCACACUUCAUAAUUAAAUCCUUAGCUACAGUAUUUGAAGGUGAAAUUUCAUUGUUACCAAUCAAUAAAGAGCGUUACAUUUCUUUCACAAAAUCAGUUAAAAAUACUUCAGUCUCUUUAAGAUUUAUUGACUCUUUUAGAUUUAUGGCCUCAAGCUUAGAUAAAUUAGCUUCAUACCUCGAUGACAAAGACAAACAGAUUACGCAACUACACUACCCUGACCCUGACAAAUUCAAAUUAGCAAUACGUAAGGGUGUAUUCCCGUAUGAGUACAUUGACAGUAUUGACAGACUAGACGAGAAACAGUUACCUGACCAGGAUUCAUUUUAUUCAAAAUUAACAAACUCAACUAUUUCUGAUGAUGAUUAUGCUUUUGCUCAAGUAGUUUGGAAUGAAUUUAAUAUUAACACGCUUGGAGAGUACUCGGACUUAUACUUAAAGACUGAUGUCCUUCUCUUGGCUGAUGUCUUUGAAAACUUUAGACGUAGUUGCUUUAAAACAUACAAUCUAGAUGCUCUACAUUUUCAUACAGCACCAGGCCUUUUGAACUCAGCAAUGUUAAAGCAUACUGGUGUAGAACUUGAACUAUUUACUGAUCCUGAGAUGCUUCUUUUCAUUGAAAAGGGUGUACGUGGUGGGGUAUCGAUGUGUGCUAAUAGACACGCUGAAGCUAACAAUCGGUACAUGGGCAAAGAUUUUGAUUCAAACAACCCUGAAACAUACCUGAUGUAUUAUGAUGUAAAUAAUUUAUAUGGUGCUGGGAUGAGUAUGUCUUUACCCAAGGGUAAAUUUGAAUGGGUUGAAAAUGUAGAUGAUGUAGAUCAGUUUUUCAAUGAUGAUGAAAGUGUAGGCUACAUCCUUGAAGUAGAUCUACACUAUCCUGAGAAACUACAUGAUCUACACAAAGAUCUACCCCUAUGCCCUGAACAUUUUAUACCACCUGGUAGCAAACAACAAAAACUGACAACAACUCUGUAUGAUAAAAAUAAUUAUGUUAUUCAUUAUAAGAAUUUAAAGCAAUGUUUAGAUUUAGGUUUAGUUCUUAAGAAAAUACAUCGGGUCUUAAAAUUUGAGCAAUCAGACUGGCUCAAAUCAUAUAUUGAUAAGAAUACUGAAUGUCGAAAGCUUGCAAAAAAUGAGUUUGAAAAAAAUUUUUAUAAAUUAAUGAAUAAUGCGGUUUUUCGAAAGACGAUGGAAAAUGUAAGAAAAUAUAAAGAUGUAUAUUUAAGAACAAAGUGGCAAGGUCGAUACAAUGUAUCAGAUCUAGUAUGCAGACCAAACUUUCAUAAUCUCACUAUUUUUGAUGAAGAUAUGGUUAUAGUUGAACUAAAACAAGUAAGAGUUUGCUUCAACAAACCAAUUUAUGUAGGAUUUAGUAUAUUAGAUUUAUCUAAAACUUAUAUCUACGACUUCCACUACAAUUAUGUGAUAAAAAAUUAUGAAAAAGAUUCAAAACUAUUGUACACUGACACAGACAGUUUAAUUUACCAAUUUAAUGUACCCAACAUCUAUGAAGACAUCAAACGUGAUAUCUCACGGUUUGAUACCUCCGAUUACCCGCCUAACAAUGUCUUCAACAUGCCUCUUGUCAAUAAAAAGGUUCUGGGACUCAUGAAGGAUGAGAACAAUGGAAAAAUCAUGUCCGAGUUCGUGGGUCUCAGAGCCAAAUUGUAUGCCUUUGAAAUUCAUGAUCCCGAGAAGGAAAAAGAUAGGAUAAAGAAACGGGCAAAGGGUAUCGGAGGUUCAACCUUGAAGACCAUCACGUUUGAUGACUUCAAAAGAUGUCUUUUUGAAAAUGUAUUAUUAAGAAAAGAGCAGUACAUGAUUAAAAGUAAAAAACAUCAAGUACACACAAUAAAGCAGGAGAAACUUGCUCUCAGUUGGGCUGACGACAAACGUCAACUCAUUGAUGCAAGCACUGAUACUGUGCCUUGGGGUUAUAAAGGCUCCUUAGAUUUUAAGAAACGAAAACUUGUUGAAGAUAACGAUGAAAAUAAUAAUAAUAAAAGACAAAAAAAUUUGUAA